AUGGCAAACUCUACACAGGUUUCAUAUUUCACACUUGCUGCCUACUUUGACACUGGGAUUUUUAAAUACUUAUUUUUUAUGAUAGUCAUAUGUUUAUAUCUGUUAAUUAUCUGUGCCAAUCUUUUGCUCCAUGAACCUAUGUUACAUAUUUCUGUGCAGGCCUGUUUGUAAAUGAACCUGUAUGGUAGUAAGGGGUUGUUUCCAAAUGGCUGUCUGGUUCAGAUUGCUCCUCUGAACACUGUUUCUGCUUCAUUUUGUUUCCUGCAGAAUAUGGUUUUAUUCUGUUAUGGAGGAGUGGAAUAUUUAAACUUAACUGUCAUGUCUUAUGACAGAUACCUUGCUAUCUGUUGCCCUUUGCAAUAUAACACCCAGAUGACAUCUAACAAAAUUGCCAUGCUUAUUGCUCUAACAUGGGUUUGCCCUUUACUGCUGUGUAUUGUAAUGACAUCCUUGAGUAACUCCUUACAUCUGUGUGGGAACAUUAUUGAAAAGGUGUACUGUGACAAUUACUCUAUUGUAAAAAUGGCAUGUUCUGAUACCACGAUCAAUAACAUCUAUGGACUGUUUAUCACUUCAGUCUCAAUCUUUUGUCCUCUAAUUCUAAUUUUUUACACUUACAUAAAGAUUCUUAAAAUUUGUUUUUCUGGUUCUAAACAGACCAGACAGAAAGCUGUCAGUACCUGCACACCUCACCUUGCUUCCCUGCUUAAUUUUUCUUUCGGGGCUUGCUUUGAAAUAUUACAGAGCAGGUUUAAUAUGAGCAAUCUACCAAAUAUUUUAAGAAUUUUUUUGUCAUUAUAUUGGCUCACAUGCCAGCCAGUUUUCAAUCCUUUACUGUAUGGUAUAAAUAUGUCCAAAAUCAAAAAACUAUAUAAAAAUAUGUUUUCCAAAAGCUUUUUAGCUUUUUUCAUCCACACAAAACUCAAAAUUUCCAAACGCUAAAUAUAUGGAUGAGAAAAAUGCUGGAUUAUGCUGAAAAUAUCACAAAGCUGCUGUUCUUUCAAUAUAUAUUUUGUCAUUUUAUUUUUUUUAAUUUUGUAUUCUUGAAGUAGUUCUUUGGAUUAAAUUAAGUUGCCAGUUGAAUUAAUAUAAAAAAUUAUUAUUGAAGGCAACAAACUCAACACAUAACACAAUACACUAUUUUUUAUGCUUGAAUUUCAAAUUCAAAACAGCUGUUUUUAGCAGGGUCCACAAUUAAUUCUUUGUCUCCUCUGGAAAUGCAGGUAAACUGGGAAAUUCACCAACCAAGCAUCGUUCAGACACUACCUCUUGCAAAACACCAACCUCUGCAGUUAUUUACCCGCUUAACGAUUAAACGUAGACUCGUUCUACCUUAACACU